CGUUAUUUUGACGUUCCAUAAAAAUUCAAUCAAUAAUUUUAAUAAACUCUGAAUUAAGUAAAUUCACGAAAGAAUAACAAAUUUUCAUCAGAAAUGGCGGCGUUGUGCGUAAACUUCUUAUAAAUUUAAUCAAAAAUCAAACAAUUAUGUUAAUUCGCCCCAUUAAAAAUAUAAAUAACAUUUGUGUAUGAGUCUUGUGUGAAAAUGAAUUGAGAGAGAUUUUCCAAAAAAAAAAUAUUGAGCUACGAAAUGGAAGCGCGUUCGUUUAGUCUCUAUCUCUACUCUUCGCAAAUUAUUAUGUUAAUAUUUAACAAAAACAAAAAAAUAUAUUAAGAAUUAUUGAUUAUUGUUGUUUUAAAAAAAGUAACUAAUUUGUUUAUAAUGUUCUCGCAUCAAUUAAAUUCCGACUCCGAAGAGUUUAAUUUCUCAAAAAAUGAGAAUGUUGCUCGUUGGAAGGGACUAUUUAGUCCUGCGUUGAAAAAAGUAUUGGAACAAGUACAUCCACGAUUGCCGGCCAAGGAGGAGGCAUUGUUGUUUGUUGAAAAACUUUGUUUGCGUAUUUUAAUAAUGCUCUGUGGAAAACCAUCGCCUCAUACUAUCCAGGAUGUAGAGGAAAAAGUAAAAAAGUCAUUUCCGACUCCAAUUGAUUGCUGGGCACUGCAUGAAGCAAAGGAAAGUUUAAAGAAAAAAAGGAAAUGCGUUCUACCUGUCGACCGCGUUCAUGCAUUACUCCAAAAGGAUAUUCUGCAAUACAAAGUAGACAGUUCCGUUACUUUAUUUUUGGUUGCCGUUCUCGAAUAUAUCUCUGCUGAUAUUUUAAAACUGGCCGGUAAUUAUGUGCAAAAAAUAGAACACCUUGAAAUAUCCCGUGAAGAUAUUGAAGUUGCUAUGUGUGCAGACAAGGUAUUGAUGGAUAUGUUCUAUCAAUCUGAUAUGAAUAACAAAAUAAUUCCAAGUCCCUUGCCACCUGCUCCACGUGCUAGUCUCACCUACGAAGAAGUAGUAAAAGAACUUAUACAUGACGAAAAGCAAUAUCAACGUGAUCUUCAUAUGAUCAUUCGUGUGUUUCGAGAAGAGUUGAUCAAAGUAGUUCCAGAUACAAGGGACAUAGAGCCAAUAUUUUCUAAUAUUCUUGACAUAUAUGAAGUGACAGUGACAUUAUUGAGCUCGUUGGAGGAUGUAAUCGAAAUGUCUCAAGAGCAAAGUCCCCCAUGUGUAGGAAGUUGCUUUGAAGAGCUAGCCGAAGCCGAAGAAUUUGAUGUGUAUACAAAAUACGCACAAGAAGUUACUUCGAAAAUGUCUAAAGACGCAUUAUCAACUUUACUUUCCAAGCCUGAUGCAAUAUCUUUGAUGUCUGCUGGACAUGGAUUUCGAGAAGCUGUAAAGUAUUAUUUGCCAAAGUUGUUGUUAGUUCCAAUUUGGCAUGCUUUCUUAUAUAUGGAUUACAUUAAAUCACUAAUGCAGCUGAGUCCUUCGCAAGAAGAUAAAGAAAGCUUUGAACAAGUUCAAGGUUUAUUAAGACCCUUACGCUGUGAUCUUGAAAAUAUUGUCGCCAAUUUACCCAAGGAAUCAGCAGUUCCAAUGCAUAGUCGUGCACGUCGACUACUGGCAAUAGAAAAGACCAGAGAUCUACAAAAUUCUGUUGAACAUUGGGAUAAGGAUGUUGGCCAAUGUUGCAAUGAAUUUAUUCGAGAGGACACUCUCAGCAAAUUAGGCUCAGGAAAAAGAAUAACCGAAAGAAAGGUGUAUUUAUUCGACGGGCUUAUAGUUUUGUGUAAAUCUAUUGCCAAAAAACAGACUGUUUCUACUGGAACUUCAAACUACGAUUUUAGACUAAAAGAAAAAUUCUUUAUGCGACGGGUUGAGAUAAUCGAUCGAAGCGACACUGAAGAUUUAAAAUAUGCAUUCGAAAUCUCUCCUCGAGUAGAACCAGCUGUUAUUCUAAUAGCGAAAAAUUCUCAACACAAGAGUGAUUGGAUGGCUGAUCUUAUAAUGGUGAAUACCAAAUCUAUGUUAGAUCGAAUUUUGGAUAGCAUAUUAUUAGACAUGGAGAAAAAACAUCCGCUGCGUCUACCCAGCCCUGAUAUUUACAAAUUUGCCAUUCCUGAUAAUGUAAAUAACAUUGUUUUAGAAGAGCGCGAAAGUGCUGGAGUUCCGCUUAUAAAGGGGGCUACGUUGUGUAAAUUAAUUGAGCGUUUGACGUAUCACAUUUAUGCAGAUCCUAUGUUCGUUAGGACAUUUUUAACAACUUAUCGCUACUUUUGUUCUCCACAAAGUCUACUUCAAUUAUUGAUUGAACGUUUUAACAUACCGGAUCCGAGUUUAGUUUAUCAGGAGGUGCCCUCCAGCGAAAGAGAAAACAAUCCGGAUUCCGAAAAGUUGCACAAAAAUUCUCAGCGUGAAGAUUGGAAACGAUACCGAAAGGAAUACGUUCAGCCUGUACAAUUUCGGGUGCUGAAUGUGCUUCGACAUUGGGUCGAUCAUCAUUUUUACGAUUUCGAAAAAGAUCCAAUUUUGUUGGAGACAUUGCUUCACUUUUUAGAAAACGUAAAUGGAAAGUCCAUGAAAAAAUGGGUUGAUUCAGUGAUGAAAAUUGUUCAAAGAAAGAAGAAUGAACAAGAAAAAAGUCAAAAGCAAAUAACUUUCGCCUAUGGCAACAGCCCUCCACCUAUUGAACAUCAUCUGCAAGUGCCCGAUUCCGAGAUUAAUUUGCUUACACUUCAUCCAUUGGAACUUGCACGGCAACUAACUCUACUCGAAUUUGAACUAUAUAAAAAUGUCAAACCAUCCGAAUUGGUAGGUUCGCCGUGGACAAAAAAGGAUAAAGAAGCGAAAAGCCCUAAUCUGUUGAAAAUAAUGAAAUACACAACAAAUGUUACGCGAUGGUUCGAGAAAUCAAUUAUAAUGUCUGAAAAUUAUGAAGAAAGAGUAGCGAUGGUGGCUCGAGCAAUUGAAGUUAUGAUGGUUAUGUUGGAAUUGAACAAUUUCAAUGGAAUUUUAUCUAUAAUAGCUGCAAUGGGCAGUGCAUCGGUUUACAGACUUAAACUCACUUUUCAGGGCCUACCUGCACGAUAUGAAAAGUUUCUUGAAGAAUGUCGAGAGCUAAAUGACGAUGGACAUUUAAAGAAAUACCAAGAAAAGUUGCGCUCAAUAAACCCUCCAUGUGUACCAUUCUUUGGUAGAUACCUCACAAAUAUACUGCAUCUUGAAGAGGGAAAUCCAGAUUUUUUGCCAAACUCAGAGCUUAUAAAUUUUUCAAAAAGAAGAAAAGUAGCUGAAAUAAUUGGCGAAAUCCAACAAUACCAAAAUCAACCAUAUUGCUUGAUGGUUGAUCCUAAAAUAAGGAAUUUUCUGGAGAAUUUAAAUCCUUUUAAAGGCAUGUCAGAUACUGACAUAUCAAACUAUUUAUACCACGAAAGCUUAAGGAUUGAACCCCGAGGUUGCAAACAGCCACCCAAAUUUGCAAGAAAGUGGGCGUCAAUUACACUGAAGUCUCCUGGCAUUAAACCUCGAAGACAAACAACCAGCAAUAUUAAUAAUAGUAGCAAUAGCAAUAAUAGUCUACCAAUUCUAUCAAAUUUAACCUUCGGUUCAAAGCUACAGAACAAUGUGCAAUACGAUGGGGAGCAGAGUCCACCUGGUGGAACUAAGCCAACCUCAUAUUCUGCAAUGAACGUUCAAUCAUUUUCUGUUUUUGCAAAUGUAAAUAUACCUGAAAAGAGUAGCAGUUUUUGGAAUCAGCAUUUGAGUAUGAGCAGUCACAGCGGACAAUGUAGUGGCAACGAUUCACUACAAUACAAUUCAAAUUUGGACGCAAUAUAUAAUACAGAAACGGAAGCAAAUCACAGUCUCGGAGAGGAUCUGCUUUCAGCAACAAAUACUUCGUGCGCGGUCGCACCCAUUUUGCCUAAAAAAACUACAAAUAUUAAUAAUUGUAUGACGACGACGAGCGCAAACGCGUGGAGCUCGGAUUUGGCAAAUCCCACAAAAAGCCCACUCGCCAAUUCAAUCGGUGACUUUUUUCAAUCACAAUUUAUGCCAAAGGAAAACAAAAUGGAUAGCUACAACCAUUCUAGAGAAAUUUCAAUCGGGAGUAUAUGUGAAAGCUUAGCUUCGCCGGCACCGUUGGUUGCUAUAAGCCCUAAAACUGAUCAUAAUUCAAAACAAAAAAUUCGAUCUCCAUUCCAAAAUGCACCUUUGCAUACUCAAAGUUUUAUUCCUACAAAGAAUUCAAGUCCUAAGGAGCCAUUACACUAUUCUGAGGCAACUUCAUCACCAUACUCACUACAAAGUAUGGAACUUUCCAUUCCCAUAUCUCCUCACGUUAAUGUUCCUACAACUCAUCUCGGAUUUGAAUCUGCUGCUCCACCACCACUUCCACCCCGUCGGAGGGACAGAGUAGAAAGUUUCAAUGAAAUGGCUCAAAAGCAGCAGGCUCCAGAUGCGCCAACACUUCCUCCACGAGAUGGUGAACUAAGUCCACCACCUUUGCCCCCUAGAGUAAUGAGCACAUCUGGCACUGUAGUAAAACAACAAAACUCAAACGUAGUAAUUGGUCAAAACAGUUUGCUGCUUCCAAACACCAGUAUUAUAAUGAUGCGAAGAAACUCAGCGAUGCAAAAUAGAUGUUCUACAUAUUCCAGCACAAACUCAGAAGCUGGCAGGAAUGAAGACCAAGUUUCAUCUCCCUCAAUACAUUUUUCUUCAUCGCCAAAAACACCGAAAACUUUUGGAGUUUAUGAUUUUUCAGUGAUACCUUGCGACAAUGAGUCAAAGGCAAUGCAUGGAAAAACUGCGUCAACAUCAAAGACAAUGUUUUGUUCCGCUGAUACAACGCCCAAACUUCCACCAAAACCUGUUGUCAGUGGGAAUAUUUUCCAUGCAGAUAAAAGUACGAUGUUUCUCUAUCCAAGUAUAAACAAUGAUUAAUUGAUUGCAAGGCUAUGUGAUACUAAGCUGCUUUUGUUAUAAGAGUUAUUUGCCACCUAAUUAUAAACCUUUGUAAAUAAAAUAAUAUUGUAGAUCAUGAAAAA